AUGUACAAGCGAAUACCUCUGGACGGACAAAUCCGAGACCUGCUAUCAUUAAUCAGUCUCGCGAACGGAAAGUUAGCCGAGGAAGAUCUCACCAUGUCACAAGCCAACCUCCCGAUAGUGGGCAACGAGGAGGGUCCAAGUCUUUUGGAGGAAUUACAGGAAAUGAAACAAUCGAUAUCGACACUGGCGCAAAAGGCUUCCACAUCGGAGCAAAGUAUUUUAAUACUCAAUCAAUCAAAUUCAGUAUUGGAGCAGAAGAUUUCAGUACUGGAUAACUCGAACUCCGCACUAAGCGAGAGAAUUAUGCAUCUUCAUCAAGAAGAAAUGCUCGGGCAUGUUGCUGAGUUGGAAUCGUUUCUUCCCGACAACGACCCAUGGUCUGAUGACCGAGUCGCAAGGAAUCUCGCUGUUCACGGGGGAGACUUUAGAAAAAGCGAGGAAGCCCUUCGCUAUAUAGAAGAGCACGAUGUUACCAGGCUGAAAGGCGCUGUUGAAGGGUUUCGACGUCGAUAUGGUAUCUCUAGAACUGACUACCACGACUUCCAACUCGCUACUGGACCGGAUGAAGUUAUCCAUGCCCUAAACAAGAAAAGCGACGUAGCGCAUUUUACUUUACUCAAGAGGUGCAAUGGCUCCUCCAGAAAAGCGGCGACUGAAGUAUGCGAUUCAAUCAUUAGUGCAGCGUCGUUGAAAUAG